AUGGGAGACUUGAAUCCGACCUCAGACAUCCCUACACCUAUCUUGCAUUCAAGCUUUCUAGAAAAAGCUCUUCACAUCAACUCUUCUGCAUCAGUUAUUCACAGUUACAAAAGUAUAUUCAAUGGUUUUGUCGCUCUAUUAACGACCGAUGAGGUUCACCUGCUUUCCUCAAUGGAAGAAGUUGUGUCAGUGUUUCCAAAUAGAAAAAAUCAUAUGCACACUACAAAAUCAUGGGAUUUCUUGAAAUUUCCUCGAACGAUUAAAAGACAGAAAGAAGUUGAGAGCAACAUCAUUGUUGGAGUAAUAGAUUCUGGAAUUUGGCCAGAACUAGAUAGCUUUAGUGAUGUUGGAAUGAGAUCGCCACCGAGCAAAUGGAAGGGAUCGUGUCAUGGGCUACGGAAUUUCAAAUGUAACAAUAAAAUAAUUGGAGGAAGGUACUACAAAAGAGAUGGUAUUUUCUCCCAAGAUGAUAUUAAGUCUCCAAGAGAUACUCUUGGUCAUGGAACUCAUAUAGCUUCAAUCAUUGUCGGAAAUCUUGUUAGUUCGGCAAACUUUUAUGGUUUAGGAGAAGGUACAGCACGAGGAGGAGUCCCUUCUUCGAGGAUUGCGGUGUAUAAAGUACUUUGGGUCGAAGGUGCUGAUGACAUCGACACCAUUCACGCAUUUGAGGAUGCUAUCAGUGAUGGGGUUGACAUAAUAUCAAUUUCUUUAGGAUCAAUUAUUAUUGAAAACUAUAUGCAGAAUUCAAUAUCUAUUGGGACUUUUCAAGCAAUGAGAAAAGGAAUUAUGACAAUAUGUUCUUCCGGAAACAAUGGUCCUCGACAUAGAACUGUCAGGAAUGUUUCUCCAUGGGAUCUUACUGUGGCAGCAAGCUCAACUGAUCGAAAGAUCGUGAACUAUUUGAAGUUGGGUAAUAUGGAGAGUUUGUUGGGAUCUUCAAUGAAUGCGUUUGAUCAGACUAAUUUCUCCACUUUGGUGUAUGCUGGUGAUGUGCCAAAUAUUAGAGAGGGGUUUUCUCCUAAUACAUCAAGAUUUUGCCAAGAGACUAACUCACUAGAUGCUAGAUUUGUAAGUGGUAAGAUUGUCAUUUGUGCUGAACAAAAUAGAGGGGACGCAGCUCUUUUCGCUGGUGCAAUUGGUAUGGUGAUAAUAGACCCACGCUACGAUUUUUUCGAAGAUAAAAAGACAUUUGCCCUCCCGACAACCGUUUUUAACGAGAAAGAAUCGAGCAUAUUCAUGAGAUAUUUCCAAAACUCAAGGCAGCCAGACUUAUCUGCGCCUGGUGUUAGAAUCUUGGCAGCAUGGUUACCUACUGUAUCUCCUUCAACAUCGAUUUUAGAUACAAGAAGGUUGUCAUAUAACAUUAUAUCGGGCACGUCAAUGGCAUGCCCGCAUGCUGCUGCUGCAGCCGCUUAUGUGAAAUCCUUCCAUCCAUCUUGGUCUCCGGCUGCUAUAAAAUCUGCACUUAUAACCACCGCCUCCGAGAUGAGUGUAAAGACAAAUCCGGAAGCAGAAUUUGGUUAUGGAGCAGGCCUAAUAAACCCUGUAGGUGCCAUAAAUCCUGGCCUUGUGUAUGAUGCAAAUCUAGCUGACUAUGUGCAGUUCUUGUGUGGGCAAAACUACACCAACAAACAGUUGAGCCUUAUUACGGGUGACAAAAUAGCUUGCACUCAUUAUGGGAGUAAAACUUCUUUAAAUCUUAACAUGCCUUCAUUUUCCUUUCCCAUCGUUCCGUCAAAUACUCCUUUUAAUGUCUCCGUUAAUAGGAGAGUUACCAAUGUAGGAUCAUUAAGAUCUACAUACAUCGCCAAGAUUCUUACUCCGCCUACAUUCACAAUACGAGUUGUACCGAGCACACUUUCUUUCACUAACGUUGGAGAAAUUAAGUCAUUUACAUUGAUUGUUGAGGGAAUAAUGGAUCGUGUGACAGCGGUUUCGGCUUCUUUGUCAUGGAUGAGUAGCACAAACGAAGUGAGCAAGCCUAGACACGGCUACGUGAGAUUUUUCAAGAUAACCGCCAUUCUCGUGCGGUUUCCCUCGAGUAAUAGUUUUCCACCACCAUCAUGGUGGAUUUUCCCAAGGGCUCGUCCAUCGACGCCACAACAACAGUCAAGUCUCCUUGGCCUGCGUCUGCAAGCAUUCAUGGCUCAGUCUCCACUAACUACAACGGACAUUGAAGUGACCAUGUAUACCCUUGGUAUUACGUCUCCUGAUCCGACAUGUUCAUCCUAUGGCUCGCCUUCUAGGAAAGAUUCAACACUCGAGAUCGCAUCAUAUCGCUAUGGAGCUUUGGGAUCGUUUUGCAAAGAGUCUGGAGCUGAUCAAUUUCCUGAAAGAAUGGAAAGAACUCAAGGAGAUAGCACUCAAAUCCAAAGGAAACAAAUUAGCAACAAACAUAUUCAAAUGUGGCUUUGGAGCAGUGGUCUACAACAUAUGAUAGGAACAAAAUGCGAGAGUUUAUGGCAGAACCCGCAAAAGCGUUGA